GCCGCGCCGCGGUUCCGCGCCGCAGCGGGGAGCAGCAGGUUGGGAUGUUGGUUUCUAUCCUUUCCUGUCACAUGGCUGGUAAUAGGAUCCCUCAUCUGCCACUCGGCACCUCGCUGGGGCGCACUUACAGGACACAUGCUGUAGGGCCUCCGCUUCCCGCACUUCGCGCUCCUCCCGGCCGCCCGCGACCACCUCCGCUCCGGAACGCGGUGCGGCCCGGCGGCCCCGGCCCAUGGAGCCGCCCCCUCUCGCCGCCGUCGUGGCCUUUUCGGGACUGGCGCUGAGCUGCUGCCGAGAGCCCGUUCUGUCCGAAUGUUAUACAGCAAAUGGGGCUGAUUACCGUGGCACUCAGAACCAGACCUCCCAGCACGCAGGGAAGCCUUGUCUCUUUUGGAAUGAGACCUUUGAGCACCCUUACAAUACUUUGAAAUAUCCCAAUGGGGAAGGAGGGCUCGGUGAGCACAACUACUGCAGGAACCCUGAUGGAGAUGUCAGCCCAUGGUGCUACAUUGCAGAGCACGAGGAUGGAAUAUAUUGGAAAUAUUGUGAGAUUCCAUCCUGCCGAAUGCCAGGGAAUCUGGGCUGUUACAAGGAUCAUGGAGAGCCACCUACUUUGACUGGCACCAGUGAGACCUCCAAUAAACUUACUAUCCAGGCAUGCAUCAGUUCCUGCCGAAGUCAACAAUUUAAGUUUGCAGGCAUGGAAUCAGGUUAUGCCUGUUUCUGUGGAAAUAACCCUGACUACUGGAGAUACGGGGAGGCAGCCAGUACGGAAUGCAACAGUGUUUGCUUUGGAGACCAUACUCAGCCUUGUGGUGGGGAUGGCAGAGUCAUUCUUUUCGACACCCUUAUUGGUGCCUGUGGAGGGAAUUACACUUCUGCUACAGCUGUGAUCUAUUCCCCAGAUUUUCCUGACACUUAUGGCACAGGCAAAGUCUGUUACUGGACCAUACAAGUCCCAGGAGCAUCUCAAAUCCUCUUCAGCUUUGUCCUUUUUGAAAUCAAAGAUGCUACAGACAUGGUGGAAUUGCUGGAUGGCUAUACCUACCAUGUUCUGGCUCGUUUUAAUGGGAAGAAUCGGCCUCCGCACACCUUCAACAUCUCCUUGGAUUUUGUUAUUUUGUACUUUUUUUCAGAUGAAAUCAACCAAGCCCAGGGAUUCGCUAUCAGAUACAGAGCUGUGAAGGACAACGUGCAUCAAAACAAGAUUGCAGCCAAUCAGAGCCUUUCAGAGAAGAGAAAUGAACACACAAAUUUCAGCAUCAACGCAGCUCGAUCAUCAAAGAUACUUUAUGUCAUCACGACCAGUCCGAGCCAUCCCAGCAGCUCCAUGCCUGAGUGGACAAUAUACAGUCUCACAGCACUGCUCAUCCUAAGCGUUACAGCCAUACUGGCCAAGGUAUUUCUCCACGUCGCCAUGAAAUCCCAUCAGAUCCCACCUGCAAAUGAAAUAGAGGAUUCCAGUGAGGUUACUGCUGCUGGAGAGAUCUGGAGUAUAUUCUAUCGGCCAUCCACAUCAAUAUCCAUCUUCAAGAAACAGCUGCGAAGCCAACAAGAUGAUUGCAAUCCACUGGUGGGAAACUGAAGUGUCUUUUAUUUUACAGGAACCGACCUUCUUAAAAUCCAGGUGAUUUGGGAAUAACCUUUUUUUUUUUUUUUCCUCCCGCUCUCAUACUUGUCUUCCCAAAAGUCAAUUCCCAAAGUCCUCUGUGUGACUUUGUCUGUCUGCUGUUCUCUUUUGUAUACUGGUGGCAAUGGAUUUAAGUGAUGCAAUAAUUUUCAAAUAUCUGGAGCUCAUCAAAUCUGCAGUGCUGUCAAUUACUGCGAGAAGAAAGCAUUCCCCUGCUCAUGAAAUUAAAGCAGAGCUACAUUUUGAAGACUAAUGCCCCUAAUUGCCAAAGAACUGAAACAUCAGCGGGGAUUUGAUCUGCGGAAUAAUUUCUCUUUGCAACAGACAGCAUUAACUAUUUUUUCUCUUUGGUAGAAGAUCUGUUCACCUACAGUGCUGACUUCUCAUCCCACCACUGGGGAUCAGCAGCGAGUGUGUCAGCCUCAGCAAGUCCAGCCCUGUGAGAUAAUUAAGAAAAUAAUGACAGCACAGGUCAGAUAAGUUGUUGGGAACAGUUGGCAUUCAUGAGCAGCUCCUUCAGCUGUGGCGGAGUGAAUGCAGUGAGAGCCAUUGAAGUUCUGUAAAUCUGGUCAGGACAGAGGGUGUAAAUAUGAGUUUCAAUGUACUGCUGCUCAGUAAGACAGCAGACACGUGAGCACGCAGACAUGCUCAGGGUGUUUGCCAAAGGUAACGGAGACAAGAGAGAAAACCAGCCCAGAGUUUACAUUCAGGAUUUGCCCUUCUGUUAUCAACGUGGAAAGCUUCUCCCUUCGUGAGGACCGUCGAUUUCAUUGUAAGAAAUGGGGCGUUUAAAAAUCAAACGGCGCCACACCGUGCCUUGCUGCUCCGAAAGUAAUGCCUCCUGUUUCGUGGCGUCGGCGCAACUCGUGGCUGCUGGUGGUGGUGGUGCUACAGCAGUAGAGGUUGAAACCUCCCACCAAUAUCCCGUUCCAUCGCUGUGUGACAGAUGGCAGCAGGGGGGCAACUCUGACAGGACGGCAUCUGAUGUGGAAGUGUGUAUAAAGCAAAGAUGUCUCAAUGAAUUCUUCCAUGCAGAAAAAAAAUGGCCCCCAUUGACAUUCGUAGAUGCUUGCUGAACGUUUCUGGAGAU